CGUAAAUGUUUGAAAGUCGCGCAAUACAGCAGACAUUCAUGAGUUACCGAUUCUGCCGAGGCGGAGGGGUCUGAUCUGUUAGGUGCGGGCGUCUUUGCUUGUCCUGAACGAUCCAACAUGCAGGGAAGCUCCAAAAAUGCACCUCUACAGUCUUUCACAGAAGGGGAAUUUUACCAGGAAAACUUUGAUUCCAGAGUGUAUGUUAAUUCCUACUAUUCCAGACCAACUGGCCAUUCAGACGAAAGCCAGCUGCUGCCGUUUGUACUUCGAAGCCUCAGUAAAACGUUUUCGUCAGGCAGAUACAAAGGACAGAGACUCUAUGAUGUUGGAAGCGGACCUUCUGUUCACACCUUGAUUAGCGCCUGCGAGUAUUUUGACGAAAUCGUCGUCUCCGAUUUUACCGACAGCAAUCGACAGGAAAUGAAAAAAUGGUUGAAAAAAGAGAAGGGGUGUUUUGACUGGAGUUAUGUAAUACAAUUCGUUUGCGAAAUGGAAGGCAAAAGAACUCCCGAAGAAGCGGAGGAGAAUUUGAGAAGUCGAGUGACGCGAGUCCUGAAGUGUGACGUCAGGCUGGAGAACCCGUUUCAGCCCGUGGUCCUGGAACCCGCUGACUGCGUGCUGACCUCUCUGUGUCUUGAGGCAGCCUGCAAGGACCAGGAUACCUACCGGCAGGCGCUGAAAAACGUCGCCUCGCUGCUCAGACCCGGGGGAGUGUUGGUUAUGAUUGGCGUUCUCAAUGAAACCUUUUACGUUGUGGGGGAGCACAGGCUGUCGUGUCUGCCUCUUACCCAGUCCUUCGUAAAAGAUGAAGUCGGCGCUCUGGGUUUCUCCAUCAAGACGUUUGACACCAUACCCGGGCCUGACAAGGAGGAAAAUCAGGUUUCAGAUUUCGAAGCUGUAUUUUUCCUCACAGCUGAGAAAACCACCCAAAAAAGGUAGUGCUGCCUAGCCACGGGCCUUGUGUCCACCAAAAACAAAAUACAGUGUAACCUUCAACUUGAGAUGUUUUAAGUUGUAUUUUAAGUAUAGACUAGAUUUUUAUUUUACACAGAUUCUUUGUUCGCCUAAAUCUAACUACAGUAAAAAGUAAAUGCUAAGUUCAUUUGUAAACUUGUUCAUCAAGGUUUGUUUGUCAAAGCUCCAAUAAAAUAGCUAAUAACAUGUUCUCUGCAGCAUGCUGAAAUUA